CACACUGAACCCGUGAAAACUCAUUCAUCAUGCGCUUGAUCCUAAUCAACCCAGGCGUUUUCUAUGCGCGCCAAAGAGGGACGAGUAGCCUGUCUAAUGGAUUGUAAUGUCACUCUGACACAGUUAGUAAUAUAUUUAUGCACGUAUAGUCGCAAUAUCAGCUUGUGAACAUUUCUAAAUCGAUCGACACUUUUCCUGCGUGGUGUAAUGGGAACUAUCUUCUCGUGGUAUGGCAGGGACACGGAGGUCAGACGAACGUUGGGCUGUCAACAAUAAUGUCCGCGUAAAACAAGCCUGCUGCCGCUCUGACAGCUGCCUGAUCAUAUUGGAGCUGUGAGCAACUUGAAACAUGCCAGGGAAACUCAAGGCCAAAAUUGUGGCCGGUCGCCACCUGCCUGUGAUGGACAGAGCCAGUGACCUCACCGACGCCUUUGUAGAGGUCAAGUUUGGAAAUACAACUUUCAAGACAGAUGUUUAUCCCAAGUCGCUUAAUCCUCAGUGGAACUCAGAGUGGUUCAAGUUUGAGGUUGACGAUGAAGACUUGCAGGACGAGCCUUUGCAGAUUACAGUAUUGGAUCAUGACACUUACAGUGCUAACGAUGCCAUAGGGAAAGUUUACAUUGACAUUGACCCGCUGCUGUGUACUGAGGCCGCCUCCGUCAUCUCUGGCUGGUUUCCAAUCUAUGAUACCAUUCACGGGAUACGAGGAGAGAUUAAUGUUCUCGUCAAAGUGGAGCUCUUCAACGACUUGAACCGCUUUAGACAGUCCUCGUGUGGAGUCAAGUUUUUCUGCACUAUGUCCAUUCCACGGGGCUAUCGGGCAGCCACGGUGCAUGGGUUUGUGGAGGAACUGGUGGUGAACGAAGACCCAGAGUACCAGUGGAUAGACCGUAUUAGAACUCCUCGGGCUUCUAACGAAGCUCGUCAAAGGCUUAUCUCUCUCAUGUCUGGAGAGCUACAGAGGAAAAUAGGGCUUAAGGUGUUAGAGAUGGGUGGGAAUGCAGUGGUGGGCUACUUGCAGUGUUUCGACCUGGAGGGAGAGUCGGGCUUGGUGGUCCGGGCAAUAGGUACCGCCUGCACGCUGGAAAAAGUCAGCUCUGGAAGCCUCCUGAACACACACACCCACCCUAACACAGCCCCGGCUUCCAAUGCCUGCAAUUCUCCUUCUAAAGAUGGAAAGGAGUCUCCCCUUGCCCACGGAUGCCGCUCCACCCACAACAGCCCAGUGCAUUCGGCCUGCAGCUCCCAGAGACUGUCCCAGAACUUCUCUAUCUCUGUUCCCACACUCAUCUUCACCGGUACGCACAGGCAGGGAAGCCAAUCAGCGCAGGGGAACGGCCGAAAAAUUGCCAAAUGUUGGUACUGGCCUCAAAUUGUUCCUCCGGACAGUCAGAUUCCCAUCUGCGCGGCAUUGCCGGUAUUUGGUGAGGACCUGCCCUCGUCCUCCGGCCCUCCCACCCCUUUCAGAGCCCUCCCCACCUCCUCCUCCUCUCCUCCCCCCUUCUCUCCCUCCAAGCCAUGCAGCCGUCAGUCCUCAUCAUCAGACACAGACCUCAGUUUGACGCCCAAGACGGACACUCUGUCCCUUCCUGGUUCUGGCUCAGUGGGCUGUGGUCUUGGCUCUGUCCCCAGAGCAACCACCCCGCUCCCUCCCUCCUUCACCCACUCAGACUCUGCCUUGCUGAGAAAGAGCGUGUCCUUCACAGAGGACCUGCUGCUGGCAGCCUCCGGAAUGGGCAGUGGGGGCAGUGCGGGGAAGGAGGCGGGGCCCCUGAAGACGCUGCUGAGACAGCAGACGCAGACAGCUCUGGAGCAGAGGCAGGAGUUUCCCUUCUUCACCUUGAAGUCUUUUCCACCCAGUUUUCUGGUUCAUGUCGGCGGAGUGGUCAGCGCUCGCUCCGUCAAAUUACUGGACCGAAUACAUAACCCUGCCUUGGGUAACACGCGCUCAUACAAACUGCUAGACUGGAAUAGUGUCACUGCAGACGAGCCAGAGACUCGUGAUGCUUGGUGGGAGGAGAUUCGUCAGGAGAUCAAAUCUCAUGCCAAAGCCCUCGGUUGCCAUGCUGUUGUAGGGUACAGUGAAAGCACCAGCAUCUGUGAAGAAGUGUGUAUACUGUCGGCGUCGGGCACAGCAGCCAUUCUGAAUCCUCGAUACAUGCGUGAAGGCUGCCUUGACAUAAGCAGCACUGACCACAGGUUUGAGGAGCCAUCACCCCCAACCUGUGGCUUCUGUCACAUCCCAUACGAUGAGCUCAACAUGCCAUUUCCUGCCCAGCUCACCUACUGUUACCACUGCAGGCGGCAGAAGGUUCCUGAUGUGCUGUUCACAACAAUCGACCUGCCACCAGAAGCAGCGGUGACAGGGAAAGGCUGCCUUAUUCAGGCCAGACUAUGUCGUCUGAAGAAGAAAGCCCAGGGGGAGGUCAAUGCGACAGUCAUCUCCAACUUGUUGCCUUUCAUGGAAUACGAGUUGCACACUCAGCUCAUGAAUAAACUUAAGCUGCGCAGCAUGAAUGCCCUGUUUGGUCUACGCAUACAGAUCAGUGUUGGCGAGAACAUGCUCCUGGGUCUGGCUUCUGCUACAGGAGUUUACCUGACGGCUCUGCCUGCACCAGGAAGUAUUCAGAUUGCUGGGAAGACUCCUGGUGACCUAAGCAACGAGCAGCAUCUGUUGACCAUUCAGAGGAGGAUCAACGACGCCAUAGCAAAGAACAAAGAGCUCUAUCAAAUAAAUCCUCCGGAGCUGACAGAGGAGGGGGUGGGUUCCCCCAUCCCAGAGCCCAGGCAGCGGUCUAGACUUUUCCGCUCCCACUCAGAAAGCUCUGAUGAAUUAUCAGAACUGGAUCUGUCUCAUGGCAAAAAGGACGCCUUUGUCCUGGAGAUCGAUGACACUGAUGCUGUGGAGGACAUCCACUCCCUCCUCACUGAUGCAAAUCCUCCCACAGGAUUCUACAGCUGCAAUACAGAGAACAUGCCUGGGAUUUCUAACUGGACUUCUGGAAUACAGAUGUUUACGUCGGUGAGGGUUUUGAGGUUGAGCAAUACCAAUCUAACUAACCAAGGCUUAAAUAAGAUCUUCACUGACCUUUGUGAGAAUCUGCUAAAGAGUUUUUACUUCAAGUUGCGCUCGAUGGUUCCCUGCUGUCUUUGUCAUCUCAACUUCACCGUGGCAGUGCCAGAAGAAGAGCUCGUUCAGGUUGCAGUGACAGCGGUUGCCAUGACGUUUGAUAAGGAUCAGACUCAGGAAAAGCCAGCCGAGAAGCCUGUCCCCAAAGCAUUAACCAGAAUGAUAUGUCAUUUAAUCAAGCAGUCGGACGUGUUUGAUUGUGCAUUUAUUUAUUUUCUUGUAGGCUCUGAUACUGAUGAGCAGCUGCAGUUUCCCCUGGAGUUAUGUGCCGAAUCAUCAUCAAUCAACUCUCAGCCAUCUUCCAAAAUCUCAGGUGUCCCAGAGAGUACAAAUAUCUCCGCGAGAGUCUCAUCUCUGGAGCACUGCAGCCCGCUGCCGGAGGGACGCUCCCGCUCGCUGCGCUCCAGCCGCUCGUUUGGAGGCAGCUCGGUGACGGUGGUGAAGAUGACGCCGCUCUCUUUCCUCCCUGGGACACGCAUCAUCAAAUACCUCGGGAUCAUCAACAUGUUCUUCAUCAGAGAAACGACCUCCUUACGAGAGGUGAUGUAUGACGAAGGCUGGACACUUUGCCAGAAUCAUCUCGAACAAGGUCUGCGUUUCUUAAUGAGACACGUUCGCCCUCUGCAGGAAGGCGGAGUCAGUGGCUUUCUCCAUUCAUUCAUCGCAGAAGUGUUUGCGAUGGUUCGAGCCCACGUGGCGGCUCUGGGUGGCAAUGCAGUGGUGUCCUACAGCAUGAAGGACUGUGUUUUAAUGGAGAAUCCAAACAAGAACCAGGCGCAGUGUCUCAUUAAUGUGAGUGGAGAUGCAGUUAUCUGUGUCAGGGAAACGGACCAGGACUCCAUGGCCUCAACAACAACUAUUGGACACUCUUGUAGUAGCACAACCGAUGUGACCACAUGACAGUAAAAUGCAGGUUCUGCCAGCAGGAGGCAGAAUCUAAGUGUCCACACUCUAAGGUCUAGCCGUCCAAAUCUGCAUGAGUUUAUGUUUGCCUUAAAUUCUCUAACAGAUCCAUAUGUUUGGUCAUAUAUAAAUUAAAAAAAACUAGCAAAAUACUAAUGCACUGAACAACACACCGGCUGGAUUACCAAACAGCUGUGUUUGCUUCUCUGUAUGUUUGAAGACACUUUGCUUUGAAGAGACUAAUGCAGGUCCAAGAGUCUUUCAAACUUAUUAGGCCAAAGGACCCCGUCUUUCUGACCCCUUGCUUUGUAUUCCAGCCGUCCACACUUGGGGUCACCCAUAGCUACACUGCACUGGCCAUCCCUGUGCAUUUUGGCUUGAGUGAGGCAGCUAAAAGUAAUUUGUCCAUCCACAGAUGAUAGACAUAAUUGAAAUGGUCAUGUAGAGAUGUCAGUACAGUCAAAUUCAUACAGUGUUCCACUCUGAUACAGAAUAACUCCUUCAAGGGAAGAACCUGAAUUUCAACAGAAGGACAGGAAAGAUAGUCUGGUAUGGAUAUUCAGAUGCUUGAUUCCAAAAAUCCACGGUAAACCUGUGAUCCAUCUUCUGUUAAUGCUGAAAGUUAGCUGCUGGUGUCUGUUUUUAAUGUCUCUUACAUCGAAAUUUGACAUUGACUUGGUUAUGGAAUGGUCUUCCUAAUUACUGUCAGUACUUUUGAAAGGCAGUAACCUAAAGAUUCCAAGUAUCAAAUAAUGACUUAAUAUGCGUUUGAAUUUGGGCAGUGUCAAGUUACUUUCAUCUGUCAAAAAUGUCCCAAAUUACAGACUUAACAUGCAUACACUUUUCUAGAGAAUUUCCCGUUUAAUACAUUUAGAGACCUGUACUUUAUUUUAUAGAUUUCUACUUUUUUUCCAAUUAUGGAAUAGAAACUUUAAGUGGCAAGAUUCAUAUUGCUUUUCAUAACUUCCUAUUAAACUGGAGAAAGUGAGCAAAUGGUGAUGGGUUUAACAUUAAGUGAAAACAAAGAAAGAAGUUAUGUCGUAUGGGGCGGUCUGCUCAGAUCUUUCACGAGGGGGAUGCUUCAUGGGAUAAAGUUAUCUUUAGCUCCAAAGCUACUCGGCUUCACUUGCUAUUGUAGGAUCAGCUCAUCCACAUCUUAAUCCAUCUUGCUCCUGGUGUCAAAUUUCACAUUGCCAAGCUUCAGCACUUUGGCUUUGACACUAACCUAACUGCUGAUCUUUCCGUCUCUGUUGGAAGAAACAUCUUCUAGUGUUGGUGUCACCAGAAAAUAAAUGUGUAAAUGUUGUCUAAAGUCAGAUUUUAGGUAUUUUUGUAGCAAACCAUUCAUGAUUCACAAGAGUUUAUGGGGGGGGGGGGCUGUAUGUUGGAGAUUUAGUGGUACUCUAAUCUGUUUGUGUAAUCAGAUGUUUCCUAUAAUUGUCUAAAACUUGAAUGUAAAUAUUUGGAUGCUUUUUGAUCAGAUGCAUGCAGACCCACCUUUUGAUUGCCAUGAAUCUGUAUGCUUGUCUGUUAAAUUGCACAAUAAAAUGAAGCCAAAAAUAAA